UAUAUUUUAAUAUGGCUGACAUGAUAGUUAUUGAUUUUCGCUAAUUUUUUGUGAAAAUUCGUAUGUAGUAUAAAUUUAAUUAGAUUGUAAGAUUAUUUUAAGUAACUGUUAUUUUUAUUCGAUAUGGAUAAUACAUCCGAAAGGCGAUUGUGGAUUGGUAAUUUAGAUCCACGGAUAAAUGAGUUUCAACUAUUAAAAUUGAUGCAAAAACAUGGAACUAUUGAAAAGUUUGAUCUACUAUUUUAUCGAACGGGUCCUAUGGCUGGACAACCACGUGGCUAUGCGUUUGUAACAUUUAAGAAAAACGACGAGGCUGAAAUUGCAAAAGAUGCAUUAAAUAACAAAUUAGUUGGGAAUAAGAAAAUCAUCGUCAAAUGGGCCCACAGUAUUAAUGAGACUAAUAUGAACAAAGAAACACCACAUUUAAAUAUACCAGUAUUAGCGGGACCAGCAAAAGGUGUAAAAAGACCAAAUCGUGAAUCUCAAAUUCAAGCUAUUGAAGCGAAAUUAAAAUUUAUGAAUAGGACUAGUUUAUCACCAGAAUUCGAAAUUAAAACUCCAACGACAUUGAUUAGUAAAAACUUAAGCCAGAAUAAAGGUGAAAGUUCACAUAAUAAAUCGAAACAACAGUAUUCUCGAAAAGAAAUUAAACGAAAAUAAUUAAAGCGAACAAAUUAUAUUUAUUAAAUAUGAACUUAAGACUGUAUAAAU